AACCAAGUGUCACUUGCUCUGUUCCGUCGUAAUCCGAAGACAGUGUGAGUGAACAUUCAUGCUGAAUCACGCAGGAGCCUACAAUGAUACAGGAAAUACGUCAUUGCUCGAGUAUUAUGAUGUUCCAUUCAAUGACACAUCCUUUACAAAACAGGGUUUCACCUACGAACUAAAACACCCUAGUAUUGGCAUACUGCUUUCCGUUUUUUCUUUAAUUACUAUAGUAGGAAACAUUUUAGUUAUUGUGGCAGUUACUCGGGAAAUAUAUUUAAGGACAGUGACAAAUUAUUUCAUUGUGUCUCUGGCUGUAGCUGAUCUUAUGGUAGGAGGUAUUGUAAUGCCAUUCAGUAUUAGUCACGAAAUGACCAACAAUGUUUGGCUAUAUGGAUCUGUUUGGUGUGAUUUGUGGCAUUCGUUUGACGUGCUGGCAAGUACUGCGUCCAUCAUGAAUUUAUGUGUAAUUUCACUCGACCGAUACUGGGCGAUUAAUGAUCCAAUUUCAUAUCCAAUUAGAAUGUCUUCGAGUAAAGUAAGCCUUCUUAUAACUGGAGUUUGGUUAUGCUCAGCAACGAUAUCCUUCCCAGCUAUUGCUUGGUGGCGAGCUGUAAAACCCCCAGACUUGCCAAGUUACCAGUGUCUAUUCACUGAAGACACGGGGUAUUUAAUAUUUUCAUCGUGUGUGUCGUUUUACUGUCCACUCAUUAUCAUGCUAUUCGUUUAUUAUAAAAUCUACAAAGCUGCAGUGGCUCAAACGCGAAGUAUCAAAAUGGGAUGCAAAGUAAUGAUGUCAAGUAGCAUAGAUGGAGAGGCAAUGACACUACGGAUGCACAGAGGAGGUCGGAGGCGGACAACACAUGAAAUUGACACAAGUGCUGAACGAAAUGCAAGUGACAGCGAUAGUGGAAGUCCUGCUCACUUAGUUCGUGCUCAAGCAGGAGAACGGCCAACAAAAUUUAUCACAAAGCGCCUUAGACAUUUUGCAAUUAGUAAAAAACUAAGUAAGGUUGCCAAAGAACAGAAGGCAGCAAAAACUCUUGGCAUUGUUGUAGGCGUUUUCAUUCUCUGUUGGCUUCCUUUCUUUAUAACGAAUCUCCUAUUAGCACUGUGCAAAACGUGCGUCGUUUAUCCAGAAGUACUGUUUCCGGUUUUCACUUGGUUCGGAUAUAUUAAUUCAGGAAUGAAUCCAAUCAUAUAUGCUCUAUCGAUGCGAGAUUUCAGACGUGCGUUUUCAAAGAUUAUUUUUAUCUGUUGUCCAAAAUAUGGUGUCAUUCGUCGCCAAACGGCUAAUGAUAACAAUACUAGUACAAGUUUUACAGUGAGUACUGUUGACCGCACCGUUCCAUUUAAACUGUAAGACGAUAAAAACAUGUGGAGAUAAGCCAAAUAAAAAAAAUACCUCUUUGAAAUAACAUUUUCAUAAAAAGAAAUUGAAUUUCGAGUUUGUCUACUAGAGAGGUACUUCCUUAAAUGUCGAACUCGUGAAUGAGAUAAAGAAAGGUUCCGUAAAUAUAUAAAACAGAAUCAAAACUGUGUAAUACAGAGAACUUGAAUUGCUGCAUGAAUGAUCUGUUAACGACUUUACACAUAAUUAUAUAUUUACACACAUUACUGUUAAUAUAAAUAUGAAUGUACUGUUAGGUAUGUAAUCAUUGCAUAUUUAUAUAAAUUGGUUAUGAACUCAUAAGCGCAUGUAUAUACGUAUAUCAUUUAUAAAGUGUGUUCACAUGUUUACAAUCACAUUUACACGAUGCAUACACAU